UGCCCUUGAGCACAUGUUGUCGGAAUUGCCGGCUUAUGAAACUAAAGUAAAACGAUUUUAAAUAACUUUUCUUGAAAAACUUCGAAAAUAACUACAUUAGUACUUGAUUAUAUAUUAGGAAAGAGUAAUAUGGACCGACUUGUAACAUCAACACUUAAAAAGCGCAAAAGUCGUGCUCGUGGGUUCCGACUCCUUAUAUGUUAUCUUAAGCAAAGAUACAUAAAGUUAGAAGAAAACGUUCAUAUAUGGCUAUCAAUAUUAUACCAAUCGUGUAAUUUAUCUGAGUUACGUUUGUAUGGUGAUCUUAUUUUAUCAGGAAUGGCUCUUCUAAUAGAUAGAAUCCAGAGCGACGGAAAUUUAUCAAAAGUUUUUGCAUCCACUUAUUUAAAUAAAGUUAUUGAACGUUUAUGUCUGACAGAAAUAUAUGAAAACGAACGCCGAACGCUUGCUGCCUUGUACGUAAUAAAGCGAUGUCUAAAAUAUUACCCAAGAGGAAUAAAAUGUAAAAAAUCAAUUAUUGAAAAGCUAUUAAUAUCUUUGGUAGACCACCAUAUUGUUGAUGUUGUUCAUCAAACUGGUGAAUGUUGGCUUUUGGUAGAGAAUAUGCACCGUAAUUCCAACAGUGAAAGCGUUACUAAAAAAACAGUGUGGAAAGAUUUCCAGCUUUCAUUGCUUAGUAAUCUUCAAUAUAUUAUAAACAACAAAUUUGUGAUUACAGAGAAAACGACGGAUUGCCCUUCUCAAGCUAAUAUUUUUGUAAAUUUUCCUUUUAAAGCAAAAAAAGAUCCCUUUGAGAGGGUAUCGCAGUCUUUUCAGCGAAUUUUUAAUCUUAUUGAAUACUUAAAAAUUUUUUUGAGGGAACAAUUUGUAUUCAAAAAGUACAUAUGCUUACAUCAAAUCUUGGGUUUUAUACACAAAGGACUGAAAGUAAAUCCCAAGCAAGGAAAUAACUUUCGAAUAGAUCAUGCAUAUUUUGAAACCUUUUUACCAAAAAUGUACAUAAAGCUAUUGGAACUUUUGGAAAUUCUUAUUGAAAUAUGUUAUACACACCUCAGAAUGGACUUCAGAAUUGUUUUAAACAUUUUAAUGGAUGCCCUCGAAAGGACAAAAUCAAUGUUACCUGCCGCAAAUCAGAAGCAAUUCACCAAUGUACGUUUAAUUCUGUAUAGAGUAAUAUCGUUAUGGUGCUCUACUCUACAAGAAGGAAGCCACUGUGAAAUUAUUUCGGAGACUCUUGUUAAGGAAAUAUUGGACGACUUAGUUAUGCGUAACGAAACUUCAUUUGGCGGAGACGAAUCAAAUUCGAAGACAAAAACCACAACUAAAAAUAUAUUUUCGAUGUUGGAGGUGUCAUUCAAUAAAGAAGAUUAUGACAUUCUUCGAUCUCAAGCUCAUUUUUGUCUGCAACAACUGUUAUUAUCCUCUGGCCAUUUAAUUAAAAAGCAAAUUUUAAAGGAAAUGCAUAACGCCUUAUUGGGAAUUUGCGUUACAAUACAUUCAGAACCGACAACAAUAGAAGCUUUGCAAAACAUAUGGGAUUGUCGCUUAGAAGUUUACAAAACGUUUGAAUAUUUGAUAAAAUUGCGGAACUAUGAGUGUCUUACACCUUCGGAAAUAAUUUUGAACCUUUUAAAUGAAUCGCGUUCAUUUGUAAACAACAUUGAACUACGCCAAAGUUAUUAUGCCCACUUUCAGGAACUUAUGGUUCAUCCUGACAAGAUGGGAAUACAAUUUCAAGAAGGGUUUAACAAUUUAAUGUUUUGCCAUACAAACAUUUGCGUUUCUAAAAAUUCUAGAUGUUUAUCACCUAUAGACAUUGCUCAGUCAAACAUUCACAAUGAAAACGCGAUAGUUAAUCAAAACAAUUUACAAAAUUCUAGCUGUGAUGAUAACUCUCAAUAUAGUAACAAGGAUCAUUUAAAUGAAAUAUCCACUAAAAUAGUUAAUCGUAUAGCAUAUGAAAAAAAUAUUCCAUUUGAUGCAAAAUCAUUAAAUGAGGACAAUGUACAAAAAAAAAAUAACUCACAAGAAAAAACUUCAAAGGACUUACUUAACAAAUGUAACGAAUCGUCGGAUUCCUGCCUCUUAUUCAAUGACGAUGAAAUAAAGCCUGGCCUUGCAUCAUCUUAUCGCAGUGUUGAAGAACAUGUUAAAGUGUUUCCUAUGGAUAAUGGGAAAUCAGAUGAUGCUAAAUUGAUUGCAGACUUGGAAGCAAUAUUCGUUUGCGAACUUAAAUAAAUAACACUUUUGCAUUUGUACUGUAUUUGCGCCAUUUUACAAAUAAAACUUUAAUACAUUUGGAUUAUCUAA